AUGUCCUUCUUCUCUCUUUUUUUCCUUUCCCUCACCCCGCUUAACUUGUCGCUUGCCUCCCAAGGAGGGUCCGAUUCCAGCCAGAUUCAGAACGGGAAGAGGAUGCGGACGGCGUUCACCAGCACGCAGCUCCUGGAGCUAGAGCGGGAGUUCUCGUCCAACAUGUACCUGUCCCGGCUGCGCCGCAUCGAGAUAGCCACGUACCUGAAUCUCUCCGAGAAGCAGGUGAAGAUCUGGUUCCAGAACCGCCGCGUCAAGCACAAGAAGGAGGGCAAAAGCGCCCCGCGGAGCUCUCACGGCGGCUGCAAGUGCAGCACGGGCCAGGGCCACUUCCCCAGGUCAGAGGACGAGGAGUCCCUGUCCCCAUCCUCGGCCACCGAGGAGAAGGAGAUCUCCCCGCUUUGAACCGUCGGGGGCACCUCGAGCACCGCCGUCGGAGCCCGCGGGCAGAGGCUGUCGGUGCGCUCAGCCAUGGCGCUGUGUGCGGACCCUGGGACGGGCACCUGUCUCGCCCAGCUAGAAGCGCGGACCCGGCCAGGGGGUCUUCCUCGCCUCUCCCCAGAGCGGUUUGAAGGAAGAAAAAGCCUCCCGAAUUAUUUCGGACAGAAAGCCGAGACUUUAAAACCUUACAAGAACUCGUAGGCUGAGAACUUCCUGGACGAACUUUCUGAAAGUGAAUAAGGAAGGCAGUAAAGCGUCUGUCGCUUGGGUUCG